AUACAUAAAAAAUAAAGUGUCCAGUAAGAGUUCUUCAUUUAGGCCGGGAUUAAAUUGUUAGGCCCAAUUCCUAUAGCCCAACGCAAAGAGAGAAAAUUGGCCCUACCCUUCGUUGAUUCGUUCUAGAGACUUCAAGCUUUGAACAAUUGUCCGUCCGUCCGUCCGUCCGUGUACACCACACGUCUCUUAUUUGGCUGCUUCGGAAACGGGAGAAAGCCGGUGAAAACGCGCGACAGAAAAGCCGCCGGAGCAGGUGAAGUUUCUUCUCCUCCGUCAGCUUCCGAUCUCUCGCUGUUCAUUCUGCGUAGUAGUUGUCUAUCGCAUGCAGUCGUACAAGGGCUGGAAGUAGUAGGUUUAUUAAUGAGUGAUAUUUUCUGGGUAGAAAUUAGGGAAGGCAGAGGAUUUUUACAUUUGAGGGGUGAUACGGAGAAAGAUUGUAUGAACGAGAUUUAACACGAUUCAGGAGUACUGCCGGACAACUGGUUCGUCUGCAAAGAGUGCAACGCAUUCUUUCUGCUUCUUAGAAAGCUGUCUCAUGUCGUAAGAUUAAUCUUCAAACCGAUUAGGUCGUCAGAGAAAUUGUGUCCUUCCAUCUAGGAUGAUUAUAUGAGUUUCCAGUGUUAAUACCAACCACACAGAGGUUGUUUAGGACGAGUUUCUUUCGACUAUUUAUCAUUAACCAGGGCGGUAAAACCAAUUCCUUAAGGGCGAGGAAUGUCGCGAUAGAUCAUUGAAACUGGGCGGUUGUUCAUUUGCUUUCUACUGAAGAUUGAUUAUUGCUGCGUACAUUCUUGUUGUUAUGUUAAUGCAGUUUUUAGUAGUCUUAUCGUUGGCAUUGAUACGAGGAGCGAACACAGUAGUAGUUGAUAUAAGAUUUUCGAUGUGUAAUAGUUCCGAGAGUUCUCUUCACAUGUUUAAUUGUUAUUUACCUUUGAUAAUCUCAGGAAAGUUGCAAUGGACUCUCUGUUUAAAGGAAUCAUUGGCAGCACAUCUGAGUGUGGCUUUGAUGACAUAGCUAUACAAAGAUGCCCAUUUUUGAGGAACAUCGACAAGCCAACGAGCUUCUCUUUCUUAGCUGUUAACUUCCCUGGUCUGGGAGCAACCAAGGGCCCAAUUUUUGAAGAUGGCCCUAAUUUUGACAUGGCAUUCAAGCUCUUUCAUGGCAAAGAUGGGGUUGUUCCACUCUCGAACGAGUCUGCUUUCCAUGAUGCUGUUUUGGAGUCAGAGCCUGCUCCCCAGUUCAACCCCUUAGCCGGAAAAGCUGCCACAAUAAGCCUCUCUGCAUUUGGUCCAGGCGGUCCUUUUGGCUUUGGUCCUUUCAAUGAUAAUAGGAAUAAGCAGAAGAAGAAAUCCGAGCCUGGCAAGAAGAGAAAACCAUCAUCACAGGAAGGGAACACGCCAAAGCACGAAGCACUGGGAAACGAAUGGUUAAGAACAGGCAACUGCCCGAUUGCGAAAUCAUACAGAGCGGUAAGCCACGUGCUCCCACUUGUUGCAUCAACUCUUCGGCCGCCUCCUGGAAUGAAGCUCAGGUGUCCACCGGCAGUAGUUGCUGCAAGGGCAGCCCUAGCCCGUACUGCGUUUGUCAAAACCCUCAGACCUCAGCCACUACCAGCAAAGAUGCUAGUGAUUGCCAUGUUAGGGAUGGCAGCAAAUGUGCCCUUGGGGAUGUGGAAGGAACACACCGACAAAUUCUCACUAGCGUGGUUUGCUGCAGUCCAUGCAGCUGUUCCCUUCAUCGCCAUGCUACGGAAGUCGGUGGUGAUGCCUAAAACUGCUAUGGCGCUGACCAUUGGUGCUUCUAUAAUCGGUCAGGUGAUUGGGUCGAGAGCUGAGAGACAGCGGCUGAAACUGAAAGCAAAGCCACCUUCUGCUGCUGUUGCCAUGUACGGUCCGAAUCAUAUCGACAGCACCUGUGGUAAUUCUUGUGGGAAGGAAGGAAUAGCGUUUGAGCCUAUGGUGGUCAACCAGGAUGGGCCUACUUCGUCCUCAGCCAGCAUCUGCUGCUAACUUCGCAGCAAGUUCGUAUAUAGGAGUAAGUUAAUAAACAGCAUUGUCAUAUAAGUCCUUCCAUAUUAGAGAAGGCAUUGUUGAGGGUUAUGUUCAUUUUCUAUGCAUUGGAAUGCUGAACAACUUAGUUGUA